AUGGAUACUAGUCAUAUAGACACCACACAGUUGCGUGCGCUUCUAGAUGGUGACCAACCAGCCAAUAUUAGCGGCAAAGUAAUCAAUGUCGUUCACCAUAUACCGUUUGAAUGCAUUCUUACAACUACGGCCGAUAUCUCGAAUGACAAUGAAAAUUUGGGGUCCACUGCUAUUCGACGCAGUCAACGUCAGUCAAGUCUGUCACUAGAUGCUGCACCGAUAUCGCAACUUGCUCGUCGUCGCUCCUCUUGUCUUGUGCGUCCAUCCAACAUUGGCGAAACGGGUGCGUGGAAACUUAAACGACGACGUGGAUACUCAGCCAUGAAUGCGGGUAUCAAGUCCCUCGACAACCAUUACAAAACCUUAUACAUUGGUUCAGUCGGCAACGUUGUAACAGAUCACAGUAGAGGACACGUCCCAAACGAGCAAGUGACGCAGGAAGAGCGUGACAGCUUACGCAGACUCUUGAACUCUGAACAUCAUAUGGAUCCGAUCUUUAUUGAUGAAAACCUGGCAUACGGUCAUUAUGAGGGCUAUUGCAAGCAAGUCCUUUGGCCGUUAAUGCACUACCUUACUUGGGGCGAGAAUAUCGACGAGAAAAAGUACUGGGAAGCUUAUGUGGCGGUUAAUCAUAUUUUUGCUGAACAAGUAGCCAAGCAUUGCGAAACCGGAGAUAUUGUGGUUAUCCAUGACUAUCAUCUUUUACUUGUACCCCAGAUGCUGCGAGGCUUGGUAUCACAGGUCAAAAUAGGUCUUUUUGUUCACACACCCUUUGUGAGCUCGGAGAUUUUCCGGUGUCUGCCACGUCGAAAAGAUAUACUAACUGGCAUGCUUGAUGCAAAUCUCGUUGCAUUUCAGACGUAUAACUAUGCCCGGCAUUUCAUAUCCAAUUGUACGCGUGUUCUAGGCUUCGAGUACACUCCCACAGGUAUCGAUGCGAAUGGAAGCAUGGUCGGCAUCGGAAUCCAUCCUAUCGGCAUUGAUGUUAACUGGACACGAGCCAAUUGCCUCCACAGCGGUGUGCAACCCAAAUUAAAUGCAAUACUCAGCAAAUUCAAGGACAAGAAGAUUAUUGUUGGUCGUGACAAACUCGACCCCGUUAAAGGUGUUCUCCAAAAGUUGGAUUCAUUUGAAUACUUUCUUGAGAAUUAUCCAGAAUGGCGCGACAAAGUUGUUCUGAUACAAGUGACCUCGCCUGGAGUCAUAGACUCACGACGUUUAGAAACCAAGAUGAGCGAAGCCGUCAAUCGCAUCAAUAGCAAGUUUGGCUCGCUUGAGUUCCUGCCUGUGCAGCAUUUUCAUCAACACAUUGAUCGUGAUGAGUUUUACGCUCUGCUUACUGCAGGUGAUGUGAUGCUAAUUACGCCUACUGCUGAUGGCAUGAACACCACCAGUCUUGAAUUUAUUGUUGCGCAGGAGCGUAGCAAACACAGUCCACUGAUAUUAUCCGAAUUCACUGGCACUGCUCGUAGUUUGAGCGCAGCAUUUAUUGUCAACCCGUUUGACUAUGGUGAAGUAGCUGCUGCCAUCAACGACAGCUUAUCGAUGAACGAUGAGGAGCGCGAAGAGAAGUUUUCAGAAUUGGAUGCCUUUGUCAAUGAACACACAGCCGAAUACUGGGCCAACUCUCUGGUUAAGGAUAUCAUCACAAGUGCUAGCAAGGAAACUCACUGGGGGCCGACUCCUAAACUCGAAGUGGAGCGUCUUCAUAUUGAAUAUCAUGAGUCUCGGAAAAGAAUUCUAUUCUUCGACUAUGAUGGUACAUUAACACCAAUAUGUGAAAAACCUGAAGACGCUAUCCCAUCUGCACAAACCUUGACAGUUCUUGAGAAGUUAUGUCACGACCCACGCAAUGUGGUGAUGGUCGUCUCAGGACGAGAUCAGGGAACACUUGAAAAGUGGCUAGGCCAUAUCCCAAACAUUGGUCUCUCUGGUGAACAUGGUUGCUUUAUCCGAGAUUCUGGCAAAACCAAAACCGUUAAUAUGAUGGAUCAAAUCGACAUGACCUGGCGUGACGACGUGUUUGAAAUCUUCAAGUACUACACAGAGCGUACUCCAGGAAGCUUCAUUGAAACUAAGCGCAGCUCACUGACUUGGCAUUAUCGUACAGCUGAUCCAAAAUUCGGUGCUUUUCAGGCAAAAGAAUGUCAGAAUCAUUUGGAGCAAUCAGUUAUUAACAAGGUCCCAGCCGAGAUAUUGGUUGGCAAAAAGACUCUAGAAGUCAGGCCAACAACCAUAAACAAGGGCGAAGUUAUUAAACGUACUUUAGCUCAGCAUCCGGAUGCAAUGUUCGUCCUUUGCGCAGGAGACGAUAAAACUGACGAGGACAUGUUCCGGGUUCUUGCAAAAAUGAAGAUUGGAGGCAUCAACCAACUGCUUUUCACCAUUAGCAUUGGCCCACCUGAAAAGCGGACCCUUGCUGUCUGGCAUGUCGAAACACCCAAGGCGUUCAAUAAUAUUCUCGAAAGCAUUGUUGAUAACUGA